AUUCAAACGUUGUGCGUUACGUAUGUUUCCACAAAAUUCCCCCAAAUACACGACAGACGAUUUGAUUUUUUGUUCCAUGAAAUAUCAAUAGAAGUGGGUAAUUAUAUAAUCAGUCUUCUCAAGUCGACUGUUAGACCCAUCUAUUUUUAAUGUUAUAUAAAUAUAUAUAUAUGAGUUAACAAAUUUCUAAUUGUCAUUUUGAUUUAAAGAACUCCGAAUUUUCGUUAAUGGAGUUCCCUAAUCUAGGAGCUAACUGUUCAGUGCCAACUUGUCGAAUGCUUGAUUUCUUACCCGUUCGAUGUUCUGGAUGUCAUGGUGUUUUCUGCAAGAAUCACUAUCUGUACGAUAGUCACAACUGUAAAAGUCCCGAUCUUAAGGAUAAACAGGUUCCUGUGUGUCCCUUGUGCGGAACCAUAGUCCCUCUGAAACCAGGCGAGCUUCCAGAUGUAAAAGUCGGAAACCAUAUCGACACAGAUUGUCGGUCAAAGCCAGCUUUAGAGUUAAAAGGAAAGUUAUUCACAAAUGCUUGCUGUGUCCCACGAUGCAAAAAGAAAGAACUUAUACCUUUUGUUUGUGAUAGAUGCAAAUUAAAUUUCUGUGUUUCGCAUCGUAAUGAAUUAGAUCAUGAUUGUAAGGGAUUUCAACAAAAUCUGAAUAAUUCUAGAAAGUUGUCAACUUCUGGUGCAGCAGCUCUUUAUAGAGCUAUCUUUAGCAAUUUCAAUGCAAAUUCGACUUUGAAGAAUGUAUCGCCAACAAACACGAUUCACUCAUCAUCACCUGUUGCUACUUCACUGCCAUAUAGUGUAAAUUCCCGUGAACUUCAGGAAGAAGAAGAUUUACAACUGGCUUUAGCAUUAUCUGAAUCACUUUCCAGUCGAACAUCUCAUUCACAACCAUCUAGAACAACACGUCAUAAUACCUCUUCAAAAUCGUCGUGUAAUAUUUCUUAAUUUAUUUCCUAUUUCUGUGUAUAGAGUAAACUCACUUUACGCCUCAGGUUAUAUAUGUUCAUGUACUAAUUCUUUGAAAUACAAGAUUGUGAUUAUGUUUUUCUUUCCUGGUAAUAUUUAAAAAGCAAACAUGUGUCGUGAUUUUACAGCUUACUUUUUUUUAACCAAUACAGAUUUUUAUUUAUAAAAAAGUGAUGUAAUUUACUGUUUCAAUUUGUUCUAGUCAGAGUUCAAUAUUAUUCCCUUAUUAUUAUUAUCUAUAUUCAGUGCGGGAAUUGUGUACAAGCUUAAGUUUGAUGAUGAUACUGAAUUCUUUCUCAAAUAGAGUUUAUUUUCC